CAAUUCAUUCAACAACAACAACAAACAAAGAAACAAUUCAAAGAAAAGCACAAAUACACACUUCCAACCAAAAGCUCUAUAUGGCAACUACUUCAACUCUAUUCAUUCAAGAAUUCACUGAGAACUUCCACUACUCAAGAAGACUACUUCUAAUACCAACUACAGUACCACAAUACCACACCGAGGCCACCGUGGCGCCGCCGCCUCCGGCAGCCCAAAUCAGCCGCGUGAAUACAUUUGAUGCAAAUGUUAUUAUGGUCUUGUCAGUACUUGUAUGUGCUUUGAUUUGUUCACUUGCCUUGAAUUCUAUCAUAAAGUGUGCAUUAAGGUGCUCUAACUUGGUAUCAGCGUCCUCAAACUAUAGAAAUCCUUCAGCUAGCUUAGCUAAUACAGGAAUCAAGAAAAAAGCCCUCAAAACAUUACCGGUUAUAACCUACACUACUGAAUUGAAAUAUCCAGGGCUUGACACUGAUGAGUGUGUCAUUUGCUUAUCUGAAUUUGCUGCUGGAGAGAAAGUUAGGGUUUUGCCUAAGUGCAGCCAUGGUUUCCACGUACGAUGUAUUGAUAAAUGGCUAAAUUCACACUCCUCUUGCCCUACUUGUAGGCAUUGCCUAAUUGAAACUUGUCAAAAAAUUGUUAAUGGUGGUAGUUCCUCUUCUACUACAAGGUCAAUUGCAAACCCUCAUAUAGUUAGCAAUACCUCGUCAGCAGUACCAGUCCAAGAAAUUAUUAUAAGGAUAGAACCUCUCCAACGUGAAGGUGUUACAUCUAACAAUCAUAUUUAGGUAGAAAAAUAGGAGUAUUAUUGAUUGGUAUGCAUCCCAUACUCAAUUAGAAUUAGCUUAGGUUUUUACUUUAUAGUUUAGUUGUUUUUUUUCCUUGUUGGAAGAGUUUUAAUUUAGCGAGCUAGAGCUAGCAUGAGGCCAACGGCAGUGUAGUCUUCAAAUGAUUCAUUAGUCUUGCAAGUGUAUAUAGAAAUUAAAUUUUAUUUCCGUUUCUUUUCAAA